UCCUCACUAAAAGUAUUCAUUCCGAGCUGAGAGCGUAAAGAACACAAAUUUUUAUUUUCUCAAAAUAAGAAAACCAAAUUAAAAAAUUUUCAACUUUUGCGUGCUAAAAUAAAUAAUUAAUCAUGGAUUCAUGGAUGAGCCCAUUAAUAAAUAAUAUAUUAAUGUAUUUGGUGUGCAUGGUGACACCGUUCGGCGAAAAGUGUCGCAACUAUAUACUCGAGACAUAUCGCGAUUGUUAUCUGAACUUGAACUACGAUCUGCUCUCGAUAACUCGCUUUCCCAACUGGCUCUGGACUAGCGUGAUCAAUGGCGAUAGCUACACUUUGCUGGUGGACACCUCGCGUCCCGAAUGUCGGCACCUUAGCUAUCAGACGAAUGAGCCCAACUAUUUUUCCAUCGAUUAUAUACUGAAGCUGUGUUUAUUGCUGGGUAUCACCGCUUUGCUGAUCUACGUCAUCAUUAAAGUCGCUGUUCGACUUGCGUUCAAGCGUUAAAUAAAAUUUAUAUGUUCUGCAAAAAAUUUAAUGAAAUUCAUUUAGUUUAAAGAGUUUUCGUGUUAAGCAUUAAUUUCAAAUUCAUUUGGGGGGAAUUCAGUAAUUGCCAGUC